UGGAAAGACACACUUCGAUCUUGUGAACAGUCAAAGCAAAGCUCAAAGCCAAAAAGCAUUAACAUGAAAUUCCUGGUUGUCUUCAUCUUUGCCGUGACGAUGGUGGUUGCAGUUCAGUCCGCAACGACGGAAAGCAUUACGAGUUUGAUCAACUCGAUCGAAUCCGAGCUGGAAGAUUUGGAAGACAGCGACUAUAGCAGCGAUACUUCUUCUUCGCUCUCCACAUACCCAUCCUCCUAUUAUUCAACCUAUACUUCAACAGAUACGACAACAGCCAAACCCUUCAAGCAGCAAAUUCUGUCGAUGCUCUUCAACAAGAAGGGAUAAGUGAAUCAUCCAAGCGACCUGCCUGCUACAAUUCAACAAUGAAAAUGUAAAUCCUAUUUAUCCCAAAAUAAAAUUAUAAUUAAACAUAAA